CCAUUUAGUUUAUUACUUACACUUUCCCUUAGUACCCAUUACCAAGCUUGUCAUUGUUAUGUUUUCUAUCACAUCAACAAAAUAAUGGAUGCAUUGUUACAGAAAAAACCAGAAAACGAUGCAUUGGUGAUAAUGCAUCCACUAUAACAAUCUCAGUAUCUCACCUAAACUAUCACCAAAACCAAACGAUCGUUAUUGUUGUCGAGCUAUUGUGCGCAAGUCAAACUUUCUAUUAUAUAUGCUUUUUCUAAAGUCUUUCCAUGAAAUUAUUCUCAUUCGAACCUAAAUUACUAUAACAAUUAGGGUAGACAAGGGAUCUUGUAGGCAUUCAAACAUCACAUUACUUUUGGCGUAUGUCUGAAAGUCCUCGAGACCUAUAUUUUUUCUAACUAUUAGGACGACUGUAAUCGGUUAGUCAGUUAACCACUUAACCAUUAAUUACUAAUCGCUUAACUAUCGAUUAGUAAUUAGCUAAAUUUGACUAUCGAAACUGUUUAAUCAUUUGUCGUUAUAAUUGUUAGUCUCUAAUUUCGAUUCGAUUAUUGGUUACACCUCUAAUAAGAUACCGAUUUACUCCCCUAUGGUAGCUAAGAAUAAUAAUCAGACUAUCAGAUUAAUAAUAAAGAGGGAAAUGGCCCAUUAAUGAACUGAUCAAUAAUUAUCUUCUGUUUGAAUUUUGGAAACAUGCGUACAGGAUUUAAAAAAAAACAUAAAGAAAAAAAAUAAUCCACCCACGUGCCUUGUAACACGUGUGAGUUGUGACACAAAACAAAAGGAAAGGAGGUCGCAGAAAAAAUCCCCAAAUCCCCAAUUUCGUCGUGCGUUCCUCCCCUCCUCCCUAAGCCUAGGGUUUCCUCUUGCCAAUCCUUUUUUUCCGGCGACCAUGAAUCCCAAUCUCCCGAUCCCGAGCCUCGGCUACGAUCCCCACCCACAAACCCCGCUGCUGCCUACGGAUGUAUCAUCGAGCGUCUUGGCUCCCGGAUCUGGCUCCUCCUCGAGCGAAACCGAGCUUGAAUCGAGUCCGAAGAGGCAGAAGAUCGAUGAAGAUGAUGGCGGCGACGUCAAGGGCAGUGGCGGCGAGGAGGAGGAAGAGUGGACUCAGACUAUGAAGAAGCCCUUAACCUGGUAUCCUAAAACCGAAGAAGACGAGAAGAAGAUGUCGCUCUUCUAUGACCAGGUUUUGGCUAGCGAGGGAUUCGACUAUGUCCAACAGCCCCCGGUGGACGUCGUUGAAUACGGGGUUUUGCGGGUCAACAUGAAGAAUGCCGGGUGGCGCAAGCUUGUCCAUGAGUGUCUGGAUCACGUUGUCGACCAAAUGAACAAAUCGCCGGACGGGGGGUGGAAGUUGGUCGCUGGUGAUAUUGUGAAGGCCAAUAGGCGAGCUGUCCAGGGUUGUAUCUUCUUCAUCACAUUCAAAGCAACCAACUUUGCUGAUCCUAAAGAUGCUGCUGAGAAAGAAUAUGAAGCUCAAGUUUAUCGCAACUUUACUGGUGAGUGUAGGACGGACCUGUUCCGUGUGAAAGGCCAAAAGGAAGCGAUUCAAGAACGCCCCAACCGGUGGAGGAUGAGAAUGUGCUAUGGUUGUCCCUGUGACGGUUCCUGUGGCUGUAAGUGAAGUUGGAGUUGGCAGUUACAUUAAGGAGUCCUCUUUUAAGGUGAUUGUGAGUUUGAAGCCUUUUGUCCUGCUAGGCUAGCUACCUUUGCAUUGGAAAGGUCGUCUAGCUAUGAGUUCGUGUGCUCCAAACUGCUAGUCAAUGUUGUUGUUAUGAAUUGGAUUGAAACGGUGAACUUGUCGUAGUGCCCUCCUUUAGUUAUCAACUUUAACUAUGUGUUGUUGUGUGCCGGAUAUUGUUCCAUCUCCUAUUGGGUAACUCUUGAAUUCCUAUGCAGUUGGGAAGUUAUAAAUGGUUUCUCUCUGGAUAUUUUUGUUUCGAGACAAGAAUGAGAAUUCGACGAUGACGGGUGACGACCUGUUCUAUUUUGGUAGGAGGAUUCAGUGGGUAGAUUUUUGGCCAUUUGGGGAUUAGGGGUCGAAUUUGGGGGGAGGAGCCAGGUGGAGAUUGGGGCAUGCGAACCAUUUACAGAUGCUACUUGUCGUUGACUUUUCUCCCGUCUUUAACUUAUCAUUAACACAUCAAGACUAAUUUACAUAAUGUUACCUGGGUAGUCAUUCCGUCCAAAAUACCGUUCCAGAUCGCCACGUCAACAUGCCAUGUCAGUGUAAAUAUUAAUUAAAAAGUGUCCUACUUAGCCCAUUUAACCCGAGACUCCAACCGGUUCAGAACAAACCCUUUACCCACACUCAUGGCCUGAUACCCCCAUAUAAGAAUAGAAACCUACCUUUUUCAUCCAUUAAUCAUCCUCUGUUUCCCCCUUCCCUCUUCCUUUGAACGAAAAAACCCGUAAAAUCCCAGAUCUGAAAUCAGCAUGAGGAAAAGAAAACUCCGGUCAAUGAUUGGUUCCCUGCCUACUUGUAAGUGUCAAGACAUAGUUGUUUUGCUAACAUCAUGGACAGAAGAUAAUCCGGGUAGAAGGUUCCUCCACUGUAAGAGAAACUAUUUGGUAAGGAUUUUGAUUUUGAAUUUGAUUUUGAUUUUUGUGUUCAUCAUAAGAAGAUUUGGUAACUAAUCUCUUCUCUUUCAUUUUAUGAAGAAAUUAUCCCACCAUUUUGAUUUUUUUGAAUGGAUCGACCCUCUAGUGGAAGAUAGGGGCAGAGCUCUCAUAAAUGGGUUGUUGAAGAAGAUUAAGAACAUGGAAAUAAGAUAAAAGGAAGAGAGCAUGCUGAAUGAGACAAAUUCUUUUUCAUCGACGACACGCAAAGAUGAACAAUCUAGAAGGGGAAACCAAAGUGAAGAUUUGUAUGCACAGACAAUUAAUCUAGUUUAUGUAGUCGUUUGUGUGAUUUAGGAAUGGCAAUGGGGCAGGUUCGGGCCCUACGAUUUAUGUACUCGCAUCCAUCUCCAAAGAUCCUUGAUUCUCGCCCCCUACGAACUGUCGCUCGAAACCUCCAUCGCCGCCAAUGAUUCCAACCACGGCUGCAUACUUAGCGUCAAAAUCCCCAAUUGUGCUUCUUCCCAAAUUGAAACCCAGCUCAUAAGAAAAUUGGGACUCUUCCCAAAUCGGAACUCUUACACCUUCGUCAUCCACCAUCGCCAGCCUUGUCGCCACUGUCCGUCUUACAUGCAACCACCAUCUACCUCGUCCUCUCUCUCUGUCGUACAUACAGUAGUCAACAGUGAGGGUUAAUCGACUGCAAUAUAUUGAAUAAUACAGAAGAGAGGAGAAGAAGAGUGAAGAUGGAAGUCAUUUGAGAGAGGGGGGAAGAACUGAAAAGGAAGAAAGAGAAAGGGGCAGAGUUGGAAGGGAAUUUACGCAGAACGUGUUAUUGUCAAAUAACUGCUGGAUAGGUGU